GUUUAUUUUCUUGGCACCCUGUGUUCAUGUCAAUAGCAUUCUGCCUCUGCUUGACUGAAGCCAUCCUGAUCUUCUCGCCAGAUGGCUCCCUCUUCAGCUCCUGCUCCCACAGGGUCAAAGUGCGACUGCAUUGGACUGCACAGUCACUGGUGAUUGUGGCUGCAACACUGGGUUUGGCCUUCAUUGUUUCUAGCAAGAACCGAAGCGAAAUCCUUCACUUUGUCUCCUGGCACAGCUGUCUGGGUCUCUUGACACUUCUGGCCAUGUGUGGACAGAUUUUAUGUGGGCUGUGCCUGCAGAUUUCACAGCUGCUGAAGAUCUCUGUGGCCCAGCUCCGACUGUACCACAUCAUGUCUGGACUGCUGGUUUACCUGUUAGCCACUUUCACUGUGGUACUAGGCAUUUAUUCUGACUGGUUUCAGGCCCAGAUCAAAGGGGUGGCUUGGUAUUUGUGCCUGGGCCUUCCCUUCUGUCCAGCCUUGGUGAUUAUAAAUCAAACUAUUAGAACUUGUCUGCCAAAAAAGAGACAGCAUGUUUGA